ACAUUUUGUUGUAUUCAGGGGUCGUAAAAUACCACUCCUGGUUUUAUACUCACUAUGGCCAACUCACUCAGACAGCCAAUCGAGGAGGCUGCUUCUCGUCUUCUAGGCAAUACUCGCCACACGGUAUUGGAGUCGUCGACAUGGUUGGCUGAAUUGGCCGGUGAAGGCACCGUUGUCAAUUUGAAACUUGAGAAUCAGCAAGUAUCGGGUUCCUUCAAAGCCCGCGGUGCCUUUAACAAAAUGUCGAUGGUCGUGUCCGAGUGUCCGUCGUGUAGACCUGUGUUGGCGUCGACGGGGAAUCAUGCACUGGCCUGCAGUUGGGCAGCUGGUCGGCUGAAUGUCAACUGCGAUGUCCAUGUGCCGCAGACGGUGUCCGAAGCCAAGCUUCUUGCUCUGCAGCAUGAGACGAAUCUCACUGUUUGCCUGAGUGGCACAGACUGUAUUGACGCAGAGAGUGCGGCAAGGAGAGCUGCCAAGGAAAACGGUCAGCCAUACGUGUCUCCAUACAAUGAUAUUGACGUAGUAUGCGGUCAAGGAACAAUCGGGAAAGAGAUUCUCGAGGACAUGCCCAAUGUUGAUGUGAUACUCGUGUCUGUCGGCGGCGGUGGAUUGAUUGCCGGCAUCAGUGCUUACGUGAAGGAAGUGAAGCCAUCUGUGAAGGUUAUCGGCUGCCAACCAGCUGCAUCACAAGUCAUGGCUCAGAGCAUUGCCGUCGGGGAGAUUAGGGAAUUCCCCCAGUCGGACACUCUCUCUGAUGGAACGGCUGGUGGCAUCGAAGAAGGAUCGGUGACGUUUGGCCUGUGUAAGCGGCACGUUGACGAGUGGAUAAUGGUGUCCGAAGAGACAAUCGCAAAGUCGGUCCGUUUCAUGGUGGAGUACCACCAGCAGAUUGUGGAAGGUGCUGCCGGGGUGGCUCUGGGCGCCUUUAUUGACCAGCCGCAGCGGUUCGCCGGCCAGAAUGUGGCAAUUGUCAUCUGUGGUGGUCGCAUUGGAAUAGAUGUGCUGCGAAAGAUUUUAGCUUGAUAGUGUCCGGGACAAGGGAAGGUACAGAGCAGCUGGCUUUCGAAUGACAAUGACAUUGCACUACCAUGACGAAGGUUUAAAUCACAGUCGGCCCUUGCUUCCGUCAGUUCUUGCCUGUUCUAUUGUAACAACGCAUCGGUGAACUGAUUAGUGAACUUCACUAGAAAUAGUGCAGCAGAAGUGAGAUGAAGCAUUGAACUGUUUCCCUUCCUUGCCUGUGGAGCUGUCACUAUUUUGUGGUAGUGUGAUCAGGCAGCAAGAUCUUGUGCCCGUCCUGGUUCUAUUUCAUCGAUGCAGUUUACCUCUGACAUCAACUUAAGUCUUAGAUGUAACGUUACUUUCUUUUCCAUCCCAUCACUGUAUGCCAGCAUACUUCAUCACAACGUUUGGCGUGUUACCGAUAGUUCUACACCACGUACCAGUUGGUGUUCAGGUCAUGCAGCAUUAUUUCCUAGCAAAUCAGGCAGGUACUUUCCGGCUCAGUGAAGGACUGACUGCACCUUGCUCGAACGGCCAACUCUGCUGAAUGCUGUCGCACUCAUACUGAGUCAUAGCCAUGAUGGCCAUGUGGUUGAUUACGUGUUGGCUGACAGAUGCACUGCUGUAUAUGGUAGUGGCUUUUUGUAGUAUGUAGCUCAUGCUUUUCAGUACUAGUCCCCCCUCCCCCCUCCUUUUUUUAAUUCAACUUGGCGGGUCCAAGCCAAUGUAACAAGUAGUCAUUCACAUCAGGUAUUCUAAAAUACAGAGUGUUUGGUAGAUCUUUCAGUAUUGUGUUGUUGUGGCUCAUCUCUUUGAAGCUCUCACUCCAGCUUGCACUACAUCUGCAGUGUUCGUUUAUACUCAUUUAUUCGAAAGCCUAGCAAAUCGCUUUAUUUGAUAAUUGAUGAUGAAACAUGAUAACUUGUUAUGACUUGUGGCCAGGAGCUUGAGUAGGCUUUUCGCAUGUAUAGCUAUACUGAUAAUCCACCACCAGCUUGGGAUG